CAUUUAGUUUGUGCCUUGGAGUGAGUGGGCAUCAGACACAGAUGAAGGGUUUUCGAUCUUCCCAAUCUCAGGCAUUUUUUCUAUACUGAGAAGUAAAUACCCAUUGAAAUAGAAUGAACAAAGGUGGAGCGGCGGGGUUAGGAGGUGGCGCCGGUGCCGGAAGCGGACCCACUGCGGCAGCAGCUUCAGCCGCAGCGCAGAAGCAGAAGACACUGUUGCAAAGGGUCGAAGGUGAUAUUGCCAAUAUUGUUGAUAACUUUAGCCACCUCGUCAACGUUGCAAGGGUAAAUGACCCACCAGUUAGAAACUCACAGGAAGCUUUUAUGAUGGAGAUGCGUUCUGCUAGGAUGGUUCAGGCAGCUGAUUCUCUGUUGAAGUUGGUUUCAGAGCUGAAGCAGACUGCAAUAUUUUCAGGAUUUGCCUCUCUUAAUGAUCAUGUAGAACAGAGAAGAAUUGAAUUUAAUCAACUGGCCGAAAAAACAGAUCAUACUUUAUCCAAAGUUGGGGAGGAAGCUGCUGCUAACCUAAAAGAACUUGAAUCUCAUUAUAGUUCUUCAGCGCAGAAGACCAUGCAAAACCUGCAACCAUAGUUAAGAAUCUCUAUAUGCAGUAUGCUGAUCAUGCUUUACUCAGUAUAGUAGUUUUUAAUUUUGGUUUGAAAUCUGUUUUUUCUUUAAUGAGAACAUGGAAAACAAAUAGCAGCACUCAUUUUGAGUCAGUGUAUGGAUGUAAUUAGCAUAUUAGAUGAGGAAUUAACUAGCAAAGGGUCAAAAUCAUUUCCACUUCAUAUGAUUACAAUUACUGAAAGUCAAGGAAUUUCAGAUUAUGUGGUUGGUUAA